CACGUCGGGUGGUGACGUCAGCGCGCCGAUAAGCGUGACGUCAGAGGGAACAGCACAAGAACAAGAUGGAGGAGUAUGCCAGAGAACCAUGCCCCUGGAGGAUCGUGGACGAUUGUGGGGGAGCCUUCACCAUGGGAGCUAUAGGAGGAGGAAUAUUUCAGGCAGUAAAAGGCUUCAGAAAUUCACCCUCAGGAAUGAACCACAGAAUGAGAGGUAGCAUGACUGCCAUCAAGACCAGAGCUCCACAACUUGGAGGAAGCUUUGCAGUAUGGGGAGGCCUCUUCUCCAUGAUUGACUGUGGUUUAGUAAAAGUACGAGGGAAGGAGGAUCCCUGGAACUCAAUUACGAGUGGGGCCAUGACGGGAGCUAUCCUUGCUGCAAGAAAUGGAGCCGUAGCCAUGGUAGGCUCUGCAGCUAUGGGAGGAAUCCUGCUGGCAUUGAUAGAGGGCGCUGGAAUCUUGCUCACUAGAUUUGCCUCCUCACAGUUCCCAACUGGGCCCCAGUUUGCUGAGGAACCGGCCCCGGCUCCCAUGUCCGCCCCUACCUUUGGAGACUACAGACAAUACCAGUGAGAGGACCCCCUCACUUCUUAUCCAAUAGGCCUUUUUGAAUUCCUUGCUGAAGUUACAAAAGAAGAAAUGGAGAUGUUAAACACCACACAUCAGAGAUUAGCAACUGAACCCAACUUUAUGGACCGUGUCAGAGAAGUGAAGGACAGAACACAUCUUCAUUUUCCUUCUUUCAAGAGCCAUGUACAGAUCUGCCCUGGGCCAUUCAAUGCCUUGUCAUGUGCAUCUGUUUCACCUAACAUUGGUUAAAUACAUACACGUGGUGAGACUGGGGACGAGGUGUGUUUUUCUGUUUUGUUCAUACACAUUAUACAUGUAGACAUACAAGUGGGAGCUCCAGGCUGGCAAGCUUCGGACCAUGUUGAAUCUAGCAAACACACGUCCCACAGGAACGUAAUGAAUUAUAAGUAUGGUACACUUAUGUGUAUAUACAGUAAAGGCUUUAUACUUGUAUUCACUUACAGUUUUAUUUGCCUUAAACACAUCACCUGCUUGGGCUGGCCACUUUCAUUUGGCUGGCCUUUUCAUACUUUAUUUUAAUCAGUUAUGAAGGGCAAACACCAGUCACAAUGCUAUUCCUGGGAUAAGGUGUUUUUGUUUUUUUGUUUUUUUUUAGUUAUAUUUAUUUAAGUUUUACCCUAGUGUUGUAUUUUAUAUUACAAUGCUUACAUCCAACACAAAGGUCUGGGAAAGGCUGCUAAAGACAAAGGAUGGCCUAGGCAGUACAAAUGAAUGGAGAAACUAAAGCAAGGGGUUGAUUCUUACUGUAUGAUAGAUUAUAGUAUGGUACAAUAAAGAAAUGAGUUGUUACCUGU